UUCAGAGGAGUGUAAAAUCAAUAGGAGAGUUAACAUGAUGUACCACAUCUACACUGAUUCUGCAUAUACAUACACACUAUAGAGUAUAGAUUCAAAAUUUGAAAGAGAAAGCUCUUCUUCCUUCUUCAACUUCAACACACAAACGCUAACACUUAUUACAACCAUGGCUCCCGAAAUGGUGGAAACUCACGAAGCUGAAGACUCGGAAGUGGAGAGGUUGGAGUCUGAUUUGGAGCAAAUGGCGCACAAGAUUCUCGAAUACCGUACAACGCUUCCGGAUCAGCUCAGCGCCACACUCCGUUCGAUUCUCGAUGCCCACAGACCCCUUCUUCCAUCGGGUGCAUCAGAACAGAACAUUUCUAGGGAAGAAAGUUCAUCUGCUCCAGAAGAUCCAGAGACUGCCAAGAAAGUAAAAUUGCUGAAUGAAAAGAUCUCAAGCAAUUGCUCAGCUAUGCCAAUUGUUUUGAAGAGGAUGAAAGAUUGCAUUUCCAGAAUUGAGAAGUUGGAUUCAUACACUGAUGAAAUGAUACAUCCGGCCUUCAAAAGAAAGAAGAUUGGAUAGACAUGAUGUAUCAUAUAUUAGUUAUUUAUCUGAACAUCGUAGAAAACAAGUAAUCCAGCAUUGACCAACUUGGAUUUGUCUAAUGAAGCCACGUGUUCACUUUUUCCUUAUGCUGCAAGUAGGAAGAAAGCUUGGUUUCAGAUGUAUAAUAUGUUAACAUUGUUUGGCAAUUUGUGGUAAUAUUUUGAAAAGAAAUCCCCUGCAUUCAGGAUAUGGAGUGAGGAAGUGAAGGAAAUGACAGCAUAUUGUAUAAACCUUUUUUUGAUAACUGAUAUUGUAUAAUCCUUGUCCCAUUGUAUUAGCUUCAUCAUUAAUAGUACGUAGGCUUUUUCA